UUACUAUGGAUGAGAUAUGAAUGGGAGUCAAGCAUAGCAUAUGGCUAUGCUUCGCCACGGUUUCCUUCUUCCAAGGCCACUCAUCUUUCGUUUCGCUUAUAUCGUCCCAUAUGAUUUGAAACUGCAAUUGCACUGCCACUUCUCCAAACUAGUUUGGAAAUCGCAGCCAUGACUGUGCAUCAACCUCCACUUUUUUCCCCUUCUUUCACUGCAUCUCUUCUCCUAUUAUUCACGCCAUCCAUCGCUCAUCUCUCUGUAGCUCAUCCAAACUUCUUCUGUGGUGAACAUGUUUUCGAUUACCCUUUCGGAUUAAAGAAUAGGGGCCGAGGGGACUUAAGCCUUCAGGUCGAGUGUGAUUAUGGUCAUAUAUUGCCAAAGCCUGUACUUAAUAUCAGUGGCAAAGAAUACUACAUACUGCAACCCAAAUUCCUUAACAACUUUAGUCUCGACCAUACCAUGACAAUAAUCGACAAGGAGCUAAGAGAUAAUUGCGAUCCAUCUUCCAAUAACUACACAGAAUUAAGGUCUAGCUCUCAAUUUCAUAUUGCCCAUACGCAUAUAGACAUAACCCUUUGGGACCAGUGCGAUCCACAAUGGGUAGACUUGCCCAAUCAAACGGCUAGUUUACAAUGUAACACUGUUUGGCACUACAAUUUGACAGCAGCCGUUAGUGUGCCUGAAGCAUGUAAGGCACAAGCUGUUUUACCAGUCAAUAACUCAGGAGGACCGGUAGACGACCAACAAAUCAUAUAUGGAGGUUUCCCAAUUAAAUGGAAUGUCAGCAAAAGUUGCGAAGUUUGCCAGUCAAGUGGUGGGCGUUGUGGUUAUUAUAACAGCUCGAUGCAGUUUCAUUGCAGGUGCAGGGGGCACAGGCGGCACAAGCCAUAUCCGGACAGAUGCCCCGCAGAGAAAAAGAAUUCUAUUAUUCUACUUCUAGGUUACUCCAUUGGAGGCGUUGCUCUGGUAGCAGCAGUGAUAAUACUUCUAAUUUAUCUGAAGAAGAGGCCGUAUCCCAGGCGGCGCCUUCCUGGAGAUCUUGGAGAUUAUGAAAAAAAUGAAUUGAAGGCAUAUCGGCAGCUGUUUGUUAAUUUGUCCAUAUUUUCUUAUGAAGAACUGAAAUGGGCAACAAAUUUCUUCAAUGAGAAAAACAAGCUUGGAGAUGGAGGGUUUGGGUCGGUGUAUUUGGGCAAGCUCGAGGAUGGACGAAGUGUGGCAGUAAAGAAGCUUUAUCAGCAAAAUUGGAAGAGCGUUGAGCAGUUCAUUAACGAGGUAAAGAUCUUAUCCUGUCUGAAACAUCCAAAUCUUGUGGAUCUUUAUGGGUGUAGCAGUCCAGGGAGUCCAUUUCUGCUGCUGGUUUACGAAUUCAUGGCGAAUGGGACCUUGGCCGAUCAUCUUCAUGGAAAUCGAAGGACUUCAAAAGGUUUGCCUUGGGAAACUCGUUUAAACAUUGCCGUAGAAACUUCUCAGGCUUUGGCUUUUUUGCAUGGCUUACAUCCGCCCAUAUUACACAGAGAUGUCAAAUCCACCAAUAUUCUACUAGAUGAAAAUUUCGGGGCAAAAGUUGCAGAUUUGGGGCUUUGCAGGCUCUUCCCUGUAAAUGUAUCGCACGUCACAACUACACCGCAAGGUACGCCAGGCUAUAUAGACCCAAAUUAUCAUGAAUGCUUUCAACUCACAGAUAAGUCUGACGUUUACAGCUUUGGGGUCGUUUUGGUGGAAAUCAUCUCUGCUAAAGUUGCUGUUGAUACAAGCCGAAAUACAAAUGAAAUCAUCCUCGCUGUUAUGGCAUCAGACAAGAUUAGAAGGGGAGUUUUGGAUGAAAUUUUGGAUCCAGAUUUGCAGAUUGAAAUGGAGGAGGAGGUAAAGCUUGUAGUUUCUGCAGUUGCCGAAUUGGCGUUCAGAUGCCUCGCAACAGACAGGGAUGUUCGACCAGACAUGCAGGAAGUUGCAACUCGUCUUGAGGAGAUAAGACAGCAUCAACGAAAGAUCGUUGAGCAAAGAUUCCACUGCUUACUUCAAUAUUAAAGGGGUGGUAAUUACGUUGCAAAAAUGGCGCACAAACGUCUAUUUCCAACUCAUGAAAGUAGCCGAGAUUUCCCCCGAUCUUCCCAAGUAUAUGUCACGAUCUCGCAACUUGACUUCGUAUUGAGUCACGCAAGUAGCCGAGAUUUCCCCCGAUCUUCCCAACUAUAUGUCACGGACUCACAACUCAGUGACAUUUAUUUCGCACUCCUCCCAUCAGUUGCUAUUGGAGGGCAUAACGACCUCAAAGCCUUUAGGUAAAGCAAGUCAUUUGUUUUUGUUUUUGUUUUGUAUGAGGUGGUGAUUUUUCCAAGCGUAUGAUCGUUG